AUGUCCACGUAUUCGAGAUUAAUACGAUUUAUACCCAAAUCAUCAGCACAUCCUGGACCACUUGUAGGCGAGCCCGCAGAUCCCGAAAUAGACGUAGGAAUAGCUUCGUACGAAUCUAAGGCGAUUGAAGUCAAUGUUUACUCAGGCAAAUCAGUGCUAAAUCCAGGCGAGAAGACAGGUCAAAUAGAAAUUGUAGAUAAGCUGUUAAGUCCAUUAGGACAGAAUGAAGUCGGUACCAUUCGAUGUAUCGGUUUGAAUUACGUUAAUCAUGCCAAAGAAGUCAAUCUACCCAUUCCUGAGACGCCGACCCUUUUCAUGAAACCGUCCUCAGCAUUAGCGGAUCCAUACCCUUCUCCGACUAUCAUCCCCAAGUCUUUCGUGUCGGAUAAUGCAGCAGACUUCGAAUCUGAAGUAGCGCUCAUCAUAGGCAAAGAGGCUAAGAACGUUUCAGAGGACAACGCUUUGGAUUACCUUUUAGGUAUAACCGCUGCCAACGAUAUCUCAUCGAGAGAAGCGCAAUUCGCCCAAUCUCAAUGGUGUUACUCGAAAUCAUUCGAUGGCGCAUGUCCCAUCGGUCCAGCAGUAGUGCACAAAAGUCAGCUUGCAAGACUGGAAGAUAUCAGGAUCUCCGGGAUCCUGAACGGCACAACGGUACAAGACAGUAAAUUGGACGAUCUGAUAUUCUCCAUACCUAAAAUAAUCUCUUUUUUGUCUCAAGGCACAACACUUCAGCCCGGAACGAUCAUCAUUACUGGUACCCCCGCCGGGGUUGGUUGGUCAGCAAACCCCAGAAUCACACUCAAGGAUGGUGAUGAAUUCAGAGUAUUUGUUUCUCAUGGUGUCGGAACUCUCAUCAACAAAAUUGUGGAAGAGAAGUAG